AUGGCAGGAAAACGAAAGGAAUCAACAGCAGCGACUGGCGGCGGUGGAGCAGGUGUCAAAGUGGCUGUUCGGUGGUUGAACAGGAGGAACACCACCGGUGCUUGGCUGAUCGAAGGAGGCAGAAAGCGGGGGUGGCAGCAGAGCCAUUGCCGGCAGUUUGUGCAGCAAGGCUGCUCCGGCGGCUCUUGGCUGUCGUCAACAGCGAUGGUGGCGGAGCAAAGUAGCAGUGGAUGUUCUCCAGCGAACCCUCGUGGGUUCCUUUCUCAUCACAGGAAAAUCUCCACUUCCGGUGGAGGUUUGGGUUGAUUCAAUUUACAGGAAUUGCACAAGGAAGAAGAUAGAAGAAAAAGGUUGCUGGACCUUUUGUUUUUGGACAACCACGAAUUGAGAAAAGAAACAAUAAGGAACAACAAAAG